AUGUUGGUACACCUUUGGCUUGUCUGUGUUCUGAGUGCUGUCGUGACCCCCCAGGAUGUCACACCACAAGCCCAAAUGUUUCUAGAAGAGUUUAACAGGAAGGCAGAAGACAUCAGCUAUGAUAGCUCCCUUGCCUCAUGGAACUACAACACCAACAUCACUGAGGAGACUGCCAGGCAAAUGAAUGAGGCAGGCGCCAAGUGGUCCAUGUUUUACGAAGAGGCCUCCAGGAAUGCCAGCAGCUUCCCAUUAUCCAGCAUCCAGGAUGCUCUCACCAGGCUUCAGAUUCAGACUCUCCAGGACAGAGGAUCAACUGUGCUGUCACCAGAAAAAUACAGCAGACUGAGCACUGUGCUAAAUACAAUGAGUACCAUCUACAGCACUGGGACUGUCUGUAAAAUCACUGAACCAUCCGAGUGUUUGGUGCUGGAGCCAGGUCUUGACACUAUUAUGGCUAACAGUACAGAUUAUAAUGAGAGGCUGUGGGCCUGGGAAGGCUGGAGAGCUGGUGUUGGCAGAAUGAUGAGACCAUUAUACGAAGAGUAUGUUGAACUUAAAAAUGAGGUUGCAAAGCUUAAUAGUUAUUCUGACUAUGGAGAUUACUGGAGAGCAAAUUAUGAAGCAGACUAUCCAGAAGAAUACAAAUACAGCCGUGACCAACUGGUCAGAGAUGUGGAGAAGACAUUUGAGCAGAUAAAACCUCUGUACCAGCAGCUGCAUGCUUAUGUGAGGCACCAGCUGGAGCAGGUCUACGGCCCCGAGCUCAUCAGCUCCACGGGAUGCCUGCCUGCUCACUUGCUGGGUGAUAUGUGGGGUAGAUUUUGGACAAAUCUGUAUGCCUUGACAGUUCCCUACCCAGCCAAACCCAACAUUGAUGUAACUUCUACAAUGGUUCAAAAGCAGUGGGAUGCGAUGAGAAUAUUUAAAGCUGCUGAGGCUUUCUUCACUUCCAUUGGCCUCAACGCAAUGACUGAAGGCUUCUGGAAUAACUCUAUGCUCACAGAGCCAGCAGACAACAGGAAGGUUGUCUGCCAUCCUACAGCGUGGGAUCUGGGGAAAAAUGACUACAGGAUCAAGAUGUGCACCAAAGUGACCAUGGACGACUUUUUGACCGCGCACCAUGAGAUGGGCCACAUUGAGUAUGACAUGGCGUACUCUGUGCAGCCCUACCUGCUAAGAGAUGGUGCCAAUGAGGGCUUCCACGAAGCAGUGGGUGAAAUUAUGUCACUUUCUGCAGCCACCCCUCAGCACUUGAAAUCUCUUGACCUCCUAGAGCAAACUUUCCAAGAGGAUGAAGAAACUGAAAUCAACUUUCUGCUCAAACAAGCACUAACAAUUGUUGGAACAAUGCCUUUUACUUACAUGCUGGAGAAGUGGAGGUGGAUGGUGUUUAGUGGUGAGAUUACAAAGCAGGAAUGGACGAAGCGGUGGUGGGAGAUGAAGAGAGAAAUAGUUGGUGUUGUUGAACCAGUCCCUCAUGAUGAAACCUAUUGUGACCCUGCAGUGCUGUUUCAUGUGGCUAACGAUUACUCAUUCAUAAGGUAUUACACCCGGACCAUCUAUCAGUUCCAGUUUCAGGAGGCACUUUGCAAAGCAGCUAACCAUACUGGCCCUCUUCACACAUGUGACAUUACCAACUCCAGAGCAGCUGGUCAGAAGCUGAGACAAUUGCUUGAAUUAGGCAGAUCCAAGCCCUGGACUCAGGCACUGGAAAGCGUAACAGGAGAGAAAUACAUGAAUGCAUCACCUUUGCUCCAGUACUUUGAACCUUUAUAUAAUUGGCUGAAAAAAACCAACGCUGGCAGAUACAUUGGUUGGAAAACAGACUGGGCUCCAUAUUCCGACAAUGCCAUCAAAGUACGCAUCAGCCUGAAGUCAGCACUGGGAGACCGGGCAUAUGAAUGGGAUGAAAGCGAGCUCUUCCUGUUCAAGUCAUCCAUUGCCUAUGCCAUGAGAAAAUACUUUGCAGAGGUGAAGCAACAGGAAGUUAACUUCCAAACUACAGACAUUCAUGUUGGGGAACAGACACAAAGGAUCUCCUUCUACCUUACUGUCAGCAUGCCAGCCAAUAUCAGCAAUAUUGUGCCCAAAGCUGAUGUGGAAAAUGCCAUCAGGAUGUCUCGGGGACGAAUCAAUGAGGCUUUCAGACUGGAUGAUAACACGCUGGAGUUUGUGGGCAUACUUCCAACCUUGGCCACGCCUUAUGAACCACCAGUCACCAUCUGGUUAAUAAUAUUUGGGGUGGUCAUUAGCCUGGUUGUCAUUGGAGUUAUUGUCUUGAUAAUCACUGGUCAGAGAGAUCGCAAAAAGAAGGAGAGAGAAAGGAGAGGUGAAGCAGCAACAAACUGUCAAGAGGUGAACCCUUAUGCUGAAGAAGGAAAAAGCAACAUGGGUUUUGAGCCAUCUGAAGAGACACAAACGUCAUUCUAG